GCUCACUUUUGGUGUUGGUCAAGAUUUCUGGAAACCCCCGAGAUCUGGGUUAGUCUGCUCGUCCUUAAGAGCGACCAAAUUGAGAAACUGCAAUUUUUUUUAAUUUAAAAAAUGUUGAUUUGGUUUUCAACAUUUGUCCCUCUGCCUUCCCCAGCGCCGAGUGGACAUUCUGAAGAUGGACGUGGAAGGUUACGAGUUGGAGUCUCUCCUUGCCGCGCUCAACGACGGAAGUUUGGACGACGUGAGACAGCUCAACUUUGAGUCGCACGUCUCCUGGGGCAACACAGACCCCACCAAGGCUGAGUACAUCAAGUUCCUGGGAUUGCUCCGCAAGGUGUACGAGAAAGGUUUCCGGAUCUACCUGACCCACAGGAACUACAUGUACAGCAGCUUCCUCAGCAGGCUCACCGCCGGCAAGAAGAGGGUGAAAUGUCACGAGGUACACACCGUCAACAUCAACCACAUCAACCCGGGAUGGCGGGAGAAACAGCAGCAACAGCAGCUCACCUGGCGCAGAGAGACGGCGCUCAACCAGCAGCAACAGCACUUGGGCUGGACAAACAGCUGUUGGAUCUUCAAGUCACCGGCGCGCGGAGAUGACAACAUUGAAUGUUUCAAUCUUGUGGCCCCUCUCACAACGUCACUGUGA